AUGAAAGACACGAGGUCCCUUGCAUCAAUAUUUUUGCUUCUAACAUUUGUUAGUUCGACUGUGGCUCUUUUGGGACUAAGUAUUCCCGUGUCUCUACACCGUCAGCAGCCACUGGUUUCCUCGCAAGACCGACAAGCUAUUAUGGAUAAAUUCAUUCCUAGCAUCGCCAAACCGCCGUCAACAGCUCCCAACGAGGAUGUUGUCGGUGGAGCCGAUCAACCUGUGGUCUCAGAUGUGCUCCCAAAGACCAAAGGAAUCAAUAUCUUCGCCCAACUGACGCGAGACUUCGACUCCAUCUCCAACCGUCUCAAUGACGCAUCAAGCAACAUCACUGUCCUAGCUCCGCGCAAUAGCGCUGUCCAGGCACUGCCACGAAAGCCUUGGGAAGACCCGGAAGACUAUGCUAAAUAUGGCGAGGUAAAUGCGUACGAAGGGAACGAGGGACAAGAACGGGCGAGGCGUAAUUUGCGACGCUUUGUAGAAGCUCAUCUUGUUCCCGUGAGCCCGUGGAGAGCUGGAGAAGAGGUGAAGACAUUAGGAGGCGAGAGCAUCAAAUGGGUUAAAGAAGGAGACAAGAUCAUUCUUCAACCAGGCAAUAUCGAGGUCGAUAGUGUUGCUGAGAAAGUGGCAAAUGGAGAGGUCUGGGUAUUAAACGGUGUGAUCAACUACCGUAUAGGCAGUUCAUAG